AUGGGCCAAUUACGCGGGCGUCGCUGGACCAAUUGCGCGGGCGUCGCUGGGCCAGUUGCGCGGGCGUCGCUGGGCCAAUUGCGCGGGCGUCGCUGGGCCAGUUGCGCGGGCGUCGCUGGGCCAAUUACGCGGGCGUCGCUGGGCCAAUUGCGCGGGCGUCGCUGGGCCAGUUGCGCGGGCGUCGCUGGGCCAAUUACGCGGGCGUCGCUGGGCCAAUUGCGCGGGCGUCGCUGGGCCAAUUGCGCGGGCGUCGCUGGGCCAAUUGCGCGGGCGUCGCUGGGCCAAUUGCCCGGGCGUCGAUGGGCCAAUUGCCCGGGCGUCGAUGGGCCAAUUACGCGGGCGUCGCUGGGCCAAUUGCCCGGGCGUCGCUGGGCCAAUUACGCGGGCGUCGCUGGGCCAAUUGCGCGGGCGUCGCUGGGCCAAUUACGCGGGCGUCGCUGGGCCAAUUGCGCGGGCGUCGCUGGGCCAAUUGCGCGGGCGUCGCUGGGCCAAUUACGCGGGCGUCGCUGGGCCAAUUGCGCGGGCGUCGCUGGGCCAAUUGCGCGGGCGUCGCUGGGCCAGUUGCGCGGGCGUCGCUGGGCCAGUUGCGCGGGCGUCGCUGGGCCAGUUGCGCGGGCGUCGCUGGGCCAGUUGCGCGGGCGUCGCUGGGCCAGUUGCGCGGGCGUCGCUGGGCCAGUUGCGCGGGCGUCGCUGGGCCAGUUGCGCGGGCGUCGCUGGGCCAGUUGCGCGGGCGUCGCUGGGCCAGUUGCGCGGGCGUCGCUGGGCGAGUUGCGCGGGCGUCGCUGGGCCAGUUGCGCGGGCGUCGCUGGGCCAGUUGCGGGGGCGUCGCUGGGCCAGUUGCGGGGGCGUCGCUGGGCCAGUUGCGGGGGCGUCGCUGGGCCAGUUGCGCGGGCGUCGCUGGGCCAGUUGCGCGGGCGUCGCUGGGCCAGUUGGGCGGGCGUCGCUGGGCCAGUUGGGCGGGCGUCGCUGGGCCAGUUGGGCGGGCGUCGCUGGGCCAGUUGGGCGGGCGUCGCUGGGCCAGUUGGGCGGGCGUCGCUGGGCCAGUUGGGCGGGCGUCGCUGGGCCAGUUGGGCGUGGUGUGGGAGGAGGUAG